CAGGGGCUCUCUUCGCUGUCGCUCCCCGCCCUGCACCAUGCCAAGGCGCCGCGGGCAACCACGCCAGGAAACGUGCCCCGGGGGCUGGGCUCUGAUCGGCUGGCUCCGGGUGGGAACCGAACUCCCCCGGGCGGUGGCGUGCAGGGAGCGAAGGGUUAAACCCCACAGCCCUCCCCUUCCCAGAGCACAUGGUGCCACCAUCAGGGGGGCUGGAAUAGCGCAGGGACCUUCCUGUCCAGCCCCCCCCGCCCCCCUCUGCAGUGACUCCUGCCCUGGCGGGUCUGCUCCGGAGCCGGACGCCUGUGCGCUGGGGCGAGUCCCCGUCCGCAGCCCCCUGGAUCGCCCCGGCCGGGCGGCAGGAUUCCCUGGCCCUGACUCCGGGAUGCAGCGAGGGGAAAAGCCGUGUGUCCCGGUUCUCCAGGGCGCCGAGGGAAGGGAGAUCCCCCGAGGUGCCUGCGCAGCAGGUGCCAGGAUGGAGGUGAAGAGUCCCACGAAGGAAGGGCCUAUGGGAGCAGAGCCACACUGGAUGUCCCAGAGCAUUAAGCAAGAAGAGGCCAGCGGGACUGGAUGGCCGGAGGAGAUCAACGCGAUGUCUCCAGAGGAGAUCGGCAUCAGGAUGAUGAUGGAGCACAACCAAGCCCAGCUGGGGGAGAGCCCCUACAGCUGCUCGGACUGUGAGAAAAGCUUCAGUCAGAGCUCCCACCUGGUCCAGCACCAGCGCAUCCACACAGGCCAGAAGCCCUACAAGUGCACCGACUGCGGGAAGAGCUUUGUUCUCAGCUCCAACCUCCUGGAACACCAGCGCAUCCACACCGGGGAGCGCCCCUACAAAUGCGACCAGUGUGAGAAGACCUUCAGCCAGAGUUCCCACCUCUUCCAGCACCAGCGCAUCCACACAGGCGAGCGGCCCUACCAGUGCACCGAGUGCGGGAAGAGCUUCAACCGCAACUACACCCUGGUGAAGCAUUACCACACCCACAUCGGAGAGCAGCCCUUCAUCUGCAGCGAGUGCGGGAAGAGCUUCAGCCUGGGAUCCUUCGCCCAGCAUGUCCGUACCCACACGGGCGAAAAGCCCUAUAGCUGUGCCGAAUGCGGCAAGAGUUUCAGCAGCAGUUCUAACUUGAGCCAGCAUCGGCGCAUCCACACCGGAGAGAAACCCUACAGCUGUGGCCACUGUGGGAAAAGCUUCAGCCAGAGCUCCAACCUCAUCAAGCACCGGCGUAUCCACACCGGAGAGAGACCCUACAGCUGCCCCGAGUGUGGGAAGACCUUCAACCAGAGCUCGUCGCUCAUGCAGCACCGGCGGAUCCACCGAGGCGAGCGGCCCUAUGAGUGCACCGAGUGUGGGAAGCGCUUUAGCGUCAGCUCCCACCUGGUGGAGCACCGGCGGAUCCACCGGGGUGAAAAGCCUUACAAGUGCGUCGACUGCGGGAAGAGCUUUGGCUGCAACUCAUCCCUGAUGAAACACCAGCGAAUCCACACCGGGGAGCGGCCCUACAAGUGCCCUGAGUGCGGGAAGUGCUUCAUCGACAGCUCCAAGCUCAACAACCACCGGCGCACCCACACCGGAGAGCGGCCCUACAAAUGCACCGACUGUGGGAAGGGCUUUGGAGACAGCUCCGCCCUCAUGAAGCACCAGAGGACUCACGCCAAGUAGACACCCAGCAGAUGAAGAGGGGGGCACUGGUGUCUCUCUAAAGGGUGAAAUUGACAUGCCGUGGGGAACGAGGGCCUCUAUAAAGCGUGACAUGGAUGUGCCUUCUAAGGGGACAAGGGCACCUUUAUAGAGAGUAAAUUGGUGUCCUUUCUUCCAAUCCCCCUGUUGCUCAGCAAGACAUACCAAUCCAUCUCGGAAACUGUGGCUCCUUCCCCCAAUGUAUGCCAGUGCCCUUUUCCCUGCAGCAAGCUGCAGGCCUGAUCUGAAGCCCCUUCCCCCACUUACAAGGUGGAUCAAGGUGCGGAUAGCCUUUGUGAGGAUCCCAAAGUGGCAGGAAAUGCUAAGAGAAAUCAUCUAGCUGUGAUGUGUGCCACAGGGAUUUGUACAGAGGAAAUAAGCAAACAUAGUGAGGUUUAGUGAUUAAGCCUGGGAGUCAGGACUUCUGGGUUCUGUCCUCAGGGAGGGGAGUAGGGUCUAGUGGGUGAUCGCAGAGGAGGCUGGAAGCCAGGACUCAUGGAUUAGAUUCCCAGCUAUGUGUGGGUUAUAGAAGGUGAAAUCAGAGUUUGUUUGCAGUUAUGCUUAGGUGUAUAGUUUAGAGCAGGGGCCUGACUAUCAGGCUUCCUGGGUUCUACACCCGGCUCUGGCACUUUACCUUUCUGUGCCUCAGUUUCUUCUUCAUCUGUCAAAUGAGAAUAAUGGUACCCAGCGGUUUUCUAAAGUGUUUUGAGAGACAUAGAUGAAAAGUGCUUAUUAUUCUUUAUUUGAUGAGUAAUGUGUAAGCUAGAAGUGACCCUCAUUUCACCCUGCUUUGUUCAUGCUCUGAGUUGGCUGAAGAGCAUAGAUCUCUAAGUCUUUUCUUAGUCUGGUUUGCAGUAAUUAAGAUCCACAAUUGAGCUCUCAUUUCUCUCAACCAACCAGGAGAAGAAAUGUAAACGGAUCCUGGAAAGGGAAAUAAAACUGGGGAUUGUGCCCUUCAAUUUUGCUACUUUAUGAUGCACAAAACAAAGCUUGAAUCAACUUGCUUGGGACUUGUACGUUAGAUAUUUGGGAGUUGUAUAACUUGGAAGUCUCUUGGGAAGACUGGAGAAUUGGGUUUGAUCAGUUAAACCUGAUUGAACGUGGAGAAUGGAUUUAAAACAUAAGUUAAGGCUAGGAGUUUUCAACACCAAUCUCAGAGGACAUCCAUUGUAUGAGAUAUCUUACAGGCCUAGUUUUCACAUGGAAAUGCUCAACAUUGUCUGAAAAUUGCACCCCCUUAACCAUUAAAGGUUGGGUAGUGCCCGUCACCGUUGAAAGUUUUGGUCCAAAUCUUUAAAAAUCAAGAUUUUCUCUCCCAAUGUGUUCCUUGGGUAACUGAGUUCGAUAAGUGACAACAGAGUGAGCCUGUCAGAUUCUUUGCCUGUGUUAAUAUUGAUCUAGGUCAAAUAUCUGUGUCACGGGGUGCUCUACUCACCACUGGAGCACCUCCUUGGGGUUAGCUCUGCCAGUCUGACGCUCCUUCCUGCAGGUGCUCACUCCGUCUCUCUCUCGGGACUCAAUGGCUUCCUCUUCGUGGCUUGGCCCUCAGGCCAGGUCAUGUCAUUUUCCCAUUCCGGGGGGGUUUGUGUACCCAAGUCUCUCUGUACCAGUCAUCCCAGGCAGUCUUCCAGUUCACUGCCCAUCAAUGGGGCCAUUUCCCCAGUGGGUGGUAGAGGAAUCCAGGCCUGGCCUCUUCUCUGGGUUCCAGCUCAGGGACCCUACCCUGUGCUGUCCCACACAUCACUGCUGUUUCCCUGGUCUGCUUCCUACAUUGUCUCUGUCCAGCUUCCUCUCUACCCUCCUCCGGCUUUCCUUUCCCUCUGGGCCAAGCUCCCUGUUCUCCCAAGCCCUACAGAGUGACUACAGACCUCCUCCCUGCAGCCCCCUUCUGCCCUCAGCUACCUGGCUUUCUACAAGCCCUUUCUUUUCCUGUCCAGGUGAGCUGCAUCCUUUAAUUAGUCCUCUCUGCUCUCUGGUUCCCUGUCCAGGUGCAGCCUUGGUGGUUAAUUGGUCCAACCAGCCACAUUAAGCCCUUCAGAGGUGGUGUGGGGUGAACACCCUAUCAGACAUGGGUUUACCGGGUCUGAGCUACAUCCUGGCCUUUAAACAGUCUCCCUUUUAGUGUGGCAGACCGCAGGGUAGACCAUGUGCCUCUCAGACUCCAGGAUUGGGCCUUCAGGCCUUUGCCACCGGGAGCUCCUACAACAAGUCCGACUGAGAUCAGACUUCUGUGGAGACAUUCUCGUCUCAGGGAGCGAUGCAGCCCAUUGCAUAUUAGCAGUGAUGCUGAGCUCUUUCCUCCCUGCAGAGUGUCAGAGGAAGUUCCCUGCUCUUUACAGGCCCAGCAGCUAAGCAUUCUUGUUCAGUCAUUGGCGGUCCCAUUAAUGUCUUCCGGAUCUUUCAUUCAGGUGUGUUGAUUCUUUUCUGCUCCUAAAGACACCUUGGUACCAUCUCAGAAAGUCCACCUGCCAUUCUGCCAGCCCUCAUUCCCUGUUCUACUCAGUGUGUUGCCAUACAAAGUGCACAGGGAAACUGAGACGCGCAUAUGGAUCAUAAAAAUAUUACUAACUUUCCCAUGUACAUCACAGCAUAACAGACACUCUGGAGAAAAAUCUUCUUUGUUAAAAGUUCACCAACCCUUUGCUUUGGGAGUUCUGUUGAACUCUUGAGCCUCCUCACCUGAUGCUUCACAGGGAAAUAAAAUAAGAACAUACAUUCCUGGUGUAGCUAAGGUUUAAAGAAUAAACCCCAGAGCUUCCCCCAUCCCUGUUGUAUUUCUACAGGCAAAUGGGUCAAUGGGGAUUAGUGGGAGCUUUGAUGGCAUUAUGUCUGCAAGGCAGAAUUCUUUAUAAAAACCCAACAGCCAUGUGGAACUAUUUAUACUUAAGAAAAGGUGAUUCUUCUGUUCUUGGAGCUGAAUAGGUUAGAGGAGGGCUUUAAGUCAGGACUUCUGGGUUUUCUUCCCAGCUCUGGCAGGGGAAUGGUGGGUUAGUGGGUUAGAGGGGGCCUGGGAGUCAGGACACCAGGGUUCUAUCCCUGGCACUCGGGGGGAAGUGGGGUCUAGAGGUUGGAACAGAGGAGGGAAUGGAAAUCUAGAGAGAGAAUAGACCAAGGCUUUUUAGAAUAACGAACUAGCAUCAAGAUGUAGCAUGGAAAAGCUGUGAUUGAAGAAAGGAGUGAGAGAGGGGGAAGGAAGAGAGAAAGAAAAUGGCUAAGAUUUUUUCCAAACUGGCUAGUUAUUUUGGGGUGCUCAAUCUGAGUCUGAUUUUCAGAGGAUAAGCACUCUGCACUUUCUGGGGAAUCACUUUCCUUGUAAGGGGGUCUCCCCCAAUUUGACUCCCAUAAAAACUGAGAUACUCCUAAUCACUCGCUGUUUGUGACAGUGGUGGCCCCUGAAUCUUCAAAGUAACUAGUUAGAAUUCCUGCUCUCUGCUUAGCCAGGUCUUCCACCCACCCCUCACCCUCUCCUUAAGUCAGUUAUUUGCUUCUUUGAUUCAUGUGGGGAAAACCCACUUUUCUAAAACCAAAGGAAACCCAGAUUGCUUUAGAGAAAUGACUGCUGUUUAAAUGCCCUUUUUAAGUAAUAUUUUUUAGCCUUUUUUUUUUCUUUUUUUUUUGAGGGAAAGACGUGUCUAUUUUAAUUUCGAGGAUUUUUAUAAACACAGAGUGUGGAAGUAAAGGGAUUGGCAAGAUUUCAUCUUAGCGGGAAAGAGAGAGAUCUUCCCCCCCAUAACUUCACAGGACAUUAUAACCCAGAGGUCUUUCUCCCACAGCUUCAUGAGUUGUCAUAACCCGAAGAUCUCUCUCCUGCAGCUUUGUGAGUUGUCAUAAUUCAGAGCUGUCUCUCCAACCAUUUCAAUCAGUGUUAUGAGGAGUUGAGAAAGACUUAAUGCAGGAAAUCUGCUUGUGGCAGAAUCGGGGCCUUCUCACUAUGUAGCUUUUAAGGGAGGGGUGUUUGAAUUAAUCUAAUAUUUUUUGUAGGGCUGAUUUUUUUAAUUCUGUAUCCAUUUUUUUUUUAGUAAUGCUAUUUUUCUAUCGGUGUCGGGAGCUUCCUGUAGUUAGAUUUAAGAGGUGACAAUAAAUAUUUGGAGCUAAAA